UCCAAGAAGGUCAAGGAGCAGCUGGCUGAGGCAGAGCUACGGAAGCUCAGGCAGCAGUUCCACAAGAUGGUGGAGAGCCGCAAGUCCUUCAACUUCCACAACCAGAGGAUGAUCGCCAACCAGUACAAGGAAAUCGAGAAUCUGAAAGCUGAGCAAGAGGAGACCACCCUGCUUCUGAGCCUCGUGAAGUCCCCGAAGAACCUGGAUCUGAACCAGAAGAACUACAUGGAGCUGCGCUUCCUGCUACAGACUAAGGGGGACUAUGAGGCACUUAACACGUCCAUGAAGAUGCUGCUGGUGGAGCUGGAUGACAAGAUUGUUCAGAUGGAAAAGAAAAUCAAAAACCAGAGGCAGGUCUUCUUAAAAACACAGGAGGCCAACAACCCCCGAAAACUGCAGAAGCAGAUCCAUGUACUGGAAACCCGGCUGAACCUGGUCACCAUCCACUUUGACAAGAUGCUGACUGACAACACCCGACUCCGGCAGGACAUAGAGGACCUGCUUUUCGAGAAGGCCACCUAUGACCAUGUCUACCAGCAACUCCAGAGGCGCCUGCAGGCACAGAAGAAGACCAUGAACAUGGCCAUCAAGCAGUCUGCUCAGGCCUAUGAGCAGAGAGUGGAAGCCAUGGCUCGGAUGGCUGCCGUGAAGGACCGCCAGCAGAAGGACAUCUCUCAGUACAAUCUGGAGAUCCGAGAGCUGGAGCGCCUGUAUGCCCAUGAGACCAAGCUGAAGUCCUUCCUGCUUGUCAAGCUCAGUGACCGCACUGAAUAUGAGGAACCCAUCAAGAAGGGAGAAGACGUGAGGGUCAGGGUCAAGAGGAAGAAGAGCAAGGGCGAGAGCUUCGAGAGCUACGAAGUGGCGCACUUGCGGCUGCUGAAGCUGGCGGAGAACGGGAACCUGGAGCAGCUCACGGAGGAUUUCCUGGCCAAGGAGGAGAAGAACUUCGCCCGCUUCACCUACGUCACGGAGCUCAACAAUGACAUGGAGGCCAUGCACAAGAAGACCCAGAGGAUCCAGGAUGACAUUAUCAACUUGCGUUCCCAGCAACAAUUCUCUCAUGACAAUACUCGGAGCAUCCUGAAACAGAUGGAGGAGAAACUGAAGAAGACCACAAAGGAGGCAGAUGUUUUCGAGAACAGAUACAAGGAGAUAAGCAAGACCCUGGAGCACCUCAAGAACUCAGUAGAAAAGCUGUUCAAGAAGAUGAACUGUGAUGCCACCGAGAUCCUGGGGAAGCUGGGUGAGACCGGGAAGAUCACAGACAUCAACUUGCAGCAGUACUUUGCCAUCAUAGAAAAGAAGACCAAUGACCUGCUCCUGCUGGAGUCCUUCCGGCGCCUGCAGGACUUGGAGAAUCCCAACAUUGAGGUCCCCCGGCCUUUCAUCAACCCUUUCUGGGGCGGCUCAGCCCUCCUCAAGCCCCCUGAGCAGUCUCAGGUCUUGUUUCCUGUGUUUGGGGUGGAAUCCUUCAGCGACAAGCUGGAAGAGGUGGAUCAUCCCCUGGACCACAGCAGCCUCUGGCAGCUGGUGCUGAAAAACUACCUUCAAAGAGACCACAGCAAAGACCCACACUCAGACAACUUGUCAGAGAAGGGGGAUGAGCUGAGUCCCAAGAAGAAGGUGGUGAGCUGA